AGCCGUUACCCGCCGGGACCUCCGGGCUUGGGGCGGGGGGAGCCCCGUUCCGCCCGUUCCGUGGGCCGCGGCCUUCUCGUUGCCGUUCCCCCCCCGCUCCUCCUUCCCCCGGGACGGGCCCGGUGUUGGCGGAGCAGCCUCCGCCGUGUCCCGGUUGGAGGGUGGCCCGGGCGGGCCUCGCUCGGUGCUCCCGCAGGCUGGUGGGACGGGGAGGGCUGGGGCGGGCGGCCCCGGGCAGGGAGGGGCUUUCCCUAACCGGGAAACCAGCGAGGCGAUGACCGGGCUGUGGGCAGCCCCUCUCCGGUGUCCCCCAACGUUUCACCCCUCGGAGAGGCAAAGUGUCGCUUCACCGGCUGCGUCUUACCGGAACGCUGCUAAAAACCGACAAAAUCCGUGAAGCGAGAGCCCCUGCCCCGUGCUGGCGCCUGGCUGGAGCCGGGACAAUGCCCAGCUCUUCACCUCCACCCUCCUGGGGACCAUCGGGCCGCUUCCCACAGACCAUCCGUGAGCUCCGCGCCCCCACGGCGGCGGGGAUUGACCUUCCCGUUCACCGCUUUUCCCUCUUACACUCUAGGCUGACGCAACGUUCCCACAGCGAUAUUCUUGGGAUGUUUCGCCCAGGUGAAAGGUAGAAGAGCCACGAGCAAUUAGGACGCCGCUGAAAUCCCCGUCAGCUCUUUGGAGUCUGCAGCUCCUCUGGAAGGAUGGACACGCUGAGGAACCGGACAGUGGAGGAGCUCCAGGAGCUGCAGGAGAAUGCAGAGGAGAUCGAGCGCCUGGCCCUGGAGUCCCAGGAGGUUCAGGAGCUGCAGCUGGAAAGGGAGAUGGCCCUGGCUGCCAACCGGAGCUUGGCCGAGCAGAACCUGAAGUUCCAGGCGCCACUGGAAACGGGACGCACGGACCUCUCAAACAAAUACGAAGAGCUGCAGAAGCUGGCUGAGCGGUGUAAAGAGCAAAAGGCAAAACUGGAGAAAUUUUCGGCAGCAAUGCAUCCUCAGACCUUGCUGGAUCUCCUGCAGGUGGAAAGCCAGAAAAUCGAAGAGGAGUCUGAGAAAAUGGCCGAGAAGUUCCUGGAGGGCGAGGUGCCCCUGGAGACGUUUCUCGAGCAGUUUUCCGUGAUGAGGAAGUUGUCCCACUUGCGCCGGGUCAGAGUUGAAAAGCUGCAGGAGAUACUGAGGAAGUCGGAAGUGUCGCAGGAGCCCGGCAGGGACUCUCAGCAGCAGCCGCCUCCUCGCGUACCUGGUCCCGCAGACCCGCCGAAGCCACAGCCCUUCCCUUCGGGGGCUCCUUCCUUCCCUUCGGGGGCUCCUUCCUUCCCGUUGCCCUACAGCCCAGCCCCAAACAUGCCGGUCGGCCCCACAGCCCACGGAGCUCUCCCUCCUGCUCCUUUCUCUGGCUCCCCAGUCACCGCGGGACAUGUUGCUUCCUCUCAGCCGAGCACCCAGCCCGCUUUUCCCUAUAAGCCUCCUCCAGGUCCCGGAUACCCACCGGCGCAGGGUGCCAGCUCCUCGGGAGGCAUCUGGUCUCCGUCCAGGGGCCCGCCUCAGCCCCCAUCGUUUCCUCCCUCUCACCCUUCUCCACCACCCAAACCCAGCUACCCUCCCUACUUCCCCCCUGGGGCAGGGAGACCGCAGUGCCCCUACCCGACCCAGCCUCCUCUCCCUAAUUUCCCAAUCCCCCCGCAACCUCCAUAUCCUCCUGCAGCACUCCCACCCUUUGGGUACCCCCCACCUCCAAACCCUCAGCGUCCCGCUUGGCCUGGCUACUAAAUCAGGACUCCUGGGCAAGCGUCCUCCGCUGCUCUCUCCUCUUUUUUUUUUUUUUUUUUUUUUCCCCCUCCUUUUGUGGACUGAGGAAGAAGAGGAAGGCGAGAGCAUCGCUUUUCGACCCAUCGGCGUGAAAGCAUUACGUGGGAUAAGGUAGCGGCCACGGGGGUCGGAUGGGCUGACGUUGCCCCCGUAGGCUGCAGAUCGAGGUUGAAUUUGCGAUCAUCGCUGGUGGGUUGAAGCUGGUGGGCUUCCAAAUCGGCUCGUCCAGGCUCUGGCGUGACAUCCAGGUUGUCAUCUAGGUACUACUCGGCUGGGGUACGGCGGGAACGAUGUGCGCUGAUUGCAGCCGCCGAGAGCCAGACCACCCCCCCACCGUGUGUGUGUGUGUGUGUGUGCGCAAGUGUGCGUGGGUGAGCGAGAGCGCUCCGCGUGUGCCUGUCGUUUGCCACACGGGUAACGGAUGUAGUAUCGUAAUGUUAAGCCUUUUCAGGGGUGUUUAAAAGAGACGGUGGGAAUCUCUGACAGUAUUUCUGAUACAAAACGCUCGCUGCUUUCCAAGGAUCCUCCUGGGAGUGAGAGACAGAGCCGGCCCGGCUUGUGGAUGAUUCGUAACCGCUUGCGGCAGGGAGAAGCAGCUUGCUCGCCGCUCGGCUGAGCCAGACCUUGAGAUCUGUCUGUGUUUUUACGCUGGCGCAGGCUCUGCUCGAGCCGUUCCCAGCCGUGGCUGUCGGGUCAGGCUUCCCCCGGUGAAAUUACCAGCGUGCUCCGAUGGAGAGGCGCUUCCCAACUCUGUCGGGUUCGGGUGCUCCCACCUCACCGGGGAGCAAAAACCUCUUUACCGCUGCUUCUCAUCCAGCGUAGGAGCCUUUCCCAGCCUGUGCACUGUCUCUCCGAGGGCACGGAGGCUCUGGUAGCUCCCCAGAGUUCAACGCGUAGAUAUUAUCCGUCCUUUUGAAGUAAACCGAGCUGGCACCAUGUCUCGGGGUGCUGCUGCUUUGGGGGCACGUGUCUCGGGUCUGAGGGAGGAGCGGGAAUCGGUGCCUCCCGCCCAGCUCUGUGAAACGUCGGGGGCUCGGCAGCCUCCUGUAUCCCCAGCCUCUCCCGUGGGUUAUUUUGGGGUGCUACGGGCUCCGGCCUUCCUCACGUCCCCCUUCUCAGGAAACACUAGGUAACGGGAGGGAGCAGCGAGCUAAUGGAAACGGGGUUUGCUUUGCUCAGCACUUUAUCCUACGAAUCCUGCCUGCGUCCCUGUAAGUUAUUUGUAAGGAACAAUUACUAAUGGACUAGAACAAGGCAACUGCUUGUGGGGUUUGAUGGAAACAGUUCCGUAUCUGGUUAAUUACAGUAAUAAAACUUGAUGAAUUGCACGCGGGGUCACGGCAGUGGUUGCUUUCGGAAAUGAUGGGGCAUCCAACUGACAUUUUCUAUUGAUCUUUUGAUGCCCUCCUGGUGCCUUUACACCAACUUCCUCUUGAUUUUUGUCAAUAAAACCUUUCACCCCCUCGCAGGACCAUCUUCUUCCAACUCCUCUUUCCUGCUCUCUCGUUUUCAUCUUUCCUAAGGGGCCCGUUCGCCUGCGGCCCUUCUGCAUCAGCCCGUUUCUCCCCUCUGGCACCGUCCUGCGUUUUCCCUCCCCGACUGGACAGUAGACGGUCUGAGGGAUAACACUGGUAGCAUUGGAAGGAAGAGAACAAGACAUAAUUACUAGAAAAAAAACCCCCCAAUUUUAGUACAACAGUUAUCACUUAUUAAAUAUCUCAGAUUUUUUCUCAGUAUUUCUACCCUCCCUGUGCUGCUCACGUCUGCGCUGUGCUUUACAGGUCUGCCCCAAUCUUGCGCCAUCCCACGCGAAUGCAGCCGAGCGCGCGUCUUCGCAGACUCUCCGGGGAACCCGGCAGACGUGGGUCUCGCAGUCUUUCUCGCGAAGCUCAGCACCUCCGGUAUCGCAGCGCUUGGCAGACAGCGGCCGAUUUCGCUUUCGGCCUGGGUGGGAGGAGGAGUGCGGUUAUCCCGGUUUUGAGAGACGGAGAAGCCAGCAAACCCCCUCCGAACAGGUUCGAGCGUGGUUGCUCUGCUCUCAGUGCAGAUCCGAAGCCUGCUGCAACACAGCUGCCUCUUAGAUUCAUACAAAUAGCUUAAAAAAAAAAAAAAAACAAAACGCCUCGCACUCUCCCACAAGGGAGGCUCAAAAGCAAGAGGAAGCUUUCUCAGAAAGGUGCUCGGGUACCGGGGCACAGCCGAAGCCGAGCCGGGCUGGGUCGGAGCUGAGCGACGCGUGCUCGGUGCCCGGUAUGAGCGGUGCGGAGGAGCACGGGUGGAUUUGGCUCCGAUUCCUGCUGGGGGGGAACCCGACCCUGGAGAUCUCUCAUCGUGUUUGGGAGGGAUGCGGGCAGGGUGAGCAGCGCCGGGUUAUGUCAUCUCUUCUGUCAGCUUCGUUCAGUUCCUCGUCACGGGAGGGUUUGGGUUGGAAGAGACCUUCAAAGAUCAUCUUGUUCGACCCCCCGCCACAGGCAGGGACGGCUCUUGCUCGGAUCCGCUUGCUCAAAAUUUACCUUUCCUGUGCCGCAUCCCACCUCUGCCUGCAGGGCGGGAAGGUGGCUGACGAAGGAAACAAGGUGGCUUGCCAAAAAAUGCAAGAAAAGCCGCUAAUUCA